AUGGCAGCCUCUGAAAGACUUAACUGCAAAAGGCAAAAUAUUGUGACACUUCAAAGUGAGGAUGAACAAUCGCAGUCUUUUGUUGCCGAAAAAUCUAUUCGUACUAGUGAGUUAUCCAAGGUGAAAGAAUUUCCACUGAAGUAUAUCAAAAAACAAGAAGCAGCAGGUGUUAAAAGACCGAAACAAAAGUAUGAUGAAAGUUAUUUGUCUUUUCGUUUUGUGUGUACGUGUGUUGGAAAUAAAGAUGUUCCUGAUGCGCAGUACGUCGUGAGCAACAAAAUACUAGCAAACAGUUCAUUGGCUCCUGCUAAACUUCGUAGGCAUCUGGAAACCAAGCAUGCUGAGUACAAAGACAAAGAUAUAAGUUUUUUCAAGAGGCAGCGUGACUCACUUGAAAAUUGUAAACUUUUGAUGAUUAAAAUUGCUAAAACAGACAACGAAAGUGCAACAGAGGCACCUUAUCGAGUAAGUUACCAUAUAGCGCUUGCCGGAGAAGCUCACAGUAUUGGAGAAAAGUUUAUCAAGCCUUGUGCAAAAGAUAUUGUAACGUGCAUGUUGAGCGAGCAGUCUGGUAAAAAAAUUGAUGCUGUACAGUUGUCAAAUAAUACUGUUGCACGCCGUAGUAAAGAUCUUGCUGAUGACAUAGAAAAAGGGCUAGUUUGCCGACUGAAAAUUUGCCACGAGUAUUCAUUGCAGCUAGAUGAGUCCACUGACGUUUCAGGACUUGCUGUGCUACUAGUAUUUGUCCGAUAUAGAUUUAAUAAUAUUAUUGAAGAGGACCUGCUCUUAUAUGAAUCUCUGCAAAGCUACACGACUGGAAAAGAAAUAUUAAACUGCAUCAACAAUUUUAUCAGAAAGCAUGAAACUAGUUGGGGAAAAUGUAUUGAUGUAUGUACUGACAAUGCUCGGGCAAUGAUCGGGAAGAUUAAGGGAGCUGUAAUGCAAAUCAUAAGUGUGGCACCAGAAAGCACUAAGAGCCAUCGUGUUCUACACAGACAAGCACUUGCAGUUAAAAAAAUACCACCAGCAUAUCUGAAAAUUGUGCUCGAUGAAGCAGUACAAAUAAUCAGUUUUGUCAAAUCUCGACCACUUCAACCCAGGUUAUUUAAAAUUUUGUGUGAGGAAAUGGGUAGUCAGCACAAAACGCUUCUUUUACAUACGGAAGUGAGGUGGCUAUCCAGAGGAAAAGUGCUUGGGAAGCUUUUUGAACUUCGUAGUGAACUACUGGUAUUCUUCACUUCAGAAAAUUCAGGACGAAAAUUUAAUGACUGUCUGAAAAAUUCCUUGUGGCUAAUGAGACUUGCGUAUCUUGCAGAUAUUUUUGCAAAAUUAAACGAAAUUAAUCUGUCGCUUCAAGGAAAGAAUGUGACCAUUUUUACUAUAAUGGAUAAAAUUUUGUUGUUAAAAAAGAAACUGGAAUUCUGCGCAUCUUCUGUAGAACAGAAUAGAACAGAAUAA